UAUAAAGAGUUGUCUGACCCCUAAUCUGACCAGCCGUUAGAUGUCGCACCAAGAUGAGGCUCUACAUCAUUAUCCUCCUCAUCGCGGUCCUAAUUCUCCUGGCGGAUGUAGAAGGGAAGAAAAAGAAAGGAAAAGGGAGAAAGCCUAAACAGAGUGGAGGGAAAGUUCAGAAAAUCGACGGGAAACGCAAAGAACUCAACAUAAAAAGAAGUGUGAUUGGAUCAAAAAUUGAUCCAAAAUUAGUGAAAACUAAAGUAGGCAGCUGGAAAAAUGACAUAAAGAAAAGAAUAGAAUUAGCACGAAAAAUCGCUAAGAAAGGAGGGAAAAGUAAAGAGAGCGGUGGGAAAAGUGACAUAAAAAGGAGAAAAAGAAAAGAGAAGAAAGGGAAAAGCAAGGAAAAAAUUAUAAUAAAGGGAGGUAAAAGCAGAGCAAUAAGUGAAGAAAGGGGAAAGAAAAGGAAAGGAAAAAGUGCUGAAAGAGGAGGGAAAAGCCGAGAUAAAAGUAAAGAGAGGAAAGGGAAAAGCAUAGGAAAAAGUGAAGAAAGGGGAAAGAAAAGGAAAGGAAAAAGUGCUGAAAGAGGAGGGAAAAGCCGAGAUAAAAGUAAAGAGAGGAAAGGGAAAAGCAUAGGAAAAAGUGAAGAAAGGGAAAAGAAAAGGAAAGGAAAAAGUGCUGAAAGAGGAGGGAAAAGCCGAGAUAAAAGUAAAGAGAGGAAAGGGAAAAGCAUAGGAAAAAGUGAAGAAAAGGAAAAGAAAAGGAAAGGAAAAAGUGCUGAAAGAGGAGGGAAAAGCCGAGAUAAAAGUAAAGAGAGGAAAGGGAAAAGCAUAGGUAAAAGUGAAGAAAGGGAAAAGAAAAGGAAAGGAAAAAGUGCUGAAAGAGGAGGGAAAAGCCGAGAUAAAAGUAAAGAGAGGAAAGGGAAAAGCAUAGGUAAAAGUGAAGAAAGGGGAAAGAAAAGGAAAGGAAAAAGUGCUGAAAGAGGAGGGAAAAGCCGAGAUAAAAGUAAAGAGAGGAAAGGGAAAAGCAUAGGAAAAAGUGAAGAAAGGGGAAAGAAAAGGAAAGGAAAAAGUGCUGAAAGAGGAGGGAAAAGCCGAGAUAAAAGUAAAGGAAGAGGAGGGAAAAGUGGAGGGAAAAGUCAUAAAAGCAGAGGAAAAAGUGAAGAGAGAGGAGGGAAAAGGAAAAGUGGAGUGAAAAGUGGAGGGAAAAGCCAUGAAAGUAAAGGAAAAAGCAAAGAAAGCAUUAUCCAAAAAAUUAAGAAAAUUCAAGCUUCAAAAAAGAUUAUUGUCUGCGAACGUUUAAAAAGAAAAAUAUCCUGUCCCAAAGGAUCACGUUUGAGGAUACUCGCAGCAAAUUACGGGAGGUCCAGUAGAGCAUUUUGCAGAGGCACUAUUCGAACUCUCAAAUGCGCCUCUAAGAAUGCUCUCUCAAAAGUCAGGGGUCACUGCGAUGGAAAACAGUCGUGUGAAUUAUAUGCCUCCAAUACCGUGUUUGGAGACCCAUGCAAAGGGACAUCUAAGUAUCUUGAUUUCACUUACAGUUGCCAAGCAACGCCAUCAAAAUUUCCAAAGACACCAGUUCCGAAAUCUGUAACAGUGAAGACACCCAACAGGUAUUCAUAUCACUUUCUGACCCAGUACGGUAUCACCGCUAAAGACAGAACCUGUCUCCGAUUUGAAGUACUAGCAUGUAACGAUGCCCACAUCGCAAUCAUGGACUCAACAAAACAGACCAAAAACUUCUACGAGAUUGUACUUGGCGGCUGGAGAAACAGUAAAUCUGUGAUACGAAACACAAAGCAAGGUCCUCCCCGGGCCUCCUUCAGAAGUGGGUUACUGAGUUGUAAGGAUUUCAGACCAUUUUGGAUCACCUGGGCCAAAGGUGAAAUCAAGGUAGGUCGCGGAGGAAUAUGUGGCCAACAGAUGCUUAUGAGGUGGAAGGACCCCCGUCCUUAUAAAACCAACGUUAUCGGAAUAUCCACAGGAUUUGGUGCUUUGGGAGUUUGGCGAUUUAAACCUGAGGAACCUCUCGUGUUGAAGAAGAAGACUCCUGUUAAGAAACCUUUAAAAGAUGUUUACCUCGGUUGCUUUGAAGAUCGCCGUGUACGUCUUCUCGAUCAAAAUUUUAUCCGAAUGACGAAAUUGACAGUAUCCUCUUGUAAGGAACUUUGUAGGAAACGAAAGAAGAAAUAUGCCGGAGUACAGCACCGUAAUGAGUGUUUCUGUGGAAACACCAUGAGGAGAUAUCCAAAGAAGUCGGACAGAGAGUGCUCGUAUCCCUGUAGUGGUAAUUCUAAAGAGAAAUGUGGAGCUGCUUGGAGGAUGAACGUCUAUCAGUUGAAUGAACCAAUUGCAAGUGCAGAACAAUGUGGAAAAUGCAGUAAAAAUGCCAGAUGUGUGAAGGGGAAAUGUGUGUGUAAUAGAGGUUAUCAUGGCGACGGAAUAAAUUCAUGUCAAAAGUCCUGUUUCUGCAUGGCAUCCGGAGAUCCUCACUACAAGACCUUUGACGGAGAAAUGAUCCACUUCAUGGGAACCUGCAAGUACACUUUGACGAAAUCACUGACCACAGGUGAUGAAUGUGGGUUUCACAUCUCUGUGAAAAACGAACACCGUAACGGUAAAACCCACGUGUCUUAUACUCGUCAGGUUGACGUGGAUACUCUUGGGAAGCGAGUCGGUUUACGACUGAAAGGAGUUGUACUGAUUGACGGAGAGAAGAAAUUCUUACCCGUCAGUGAACUCGGCGGUAAGCUGAAGGUGUUCAGGAGCGGACGUUUUGUCCAGGUUUGGACUUCGUGUGGAGUUAAGGUUAACUUUGACGGUGUACAUGCCGUGUCGGUAACGGUACCCGGUAAAUACCGGGGAAAGCUGACUGGUCUGUGUGGUGAUUGUAACGGUAAACGUGACGACAUGAGAACCAGUACAGGACGUGACGUCAGGAGAGAGAAAUCGAGGUACUCUCUCAUCGGAAACAGCUACACAGUACAGGAUGAGGAAAGUGAAGAAAAGAAGUGCAAAACAUUUGAAGACCCAAACACUUUUACAUGCAACAAAAAGAUGAACACUCUGAUGGCCACAGACAAGUAUUGUGGCUGGAUCCAAAACAAGAAGGGACCUUUCGCAGAAUGUAUCGCCAAGUUUCCAGAAAUGUCCAAGGAGUACUUUGAGUCGUGUCGGAUUGACGUGUGUUCGUUGGAGGGAACUAAUCUAGAGGUGGCCAAAUGUGAAGCGGUAGAGGCGUUUGCUGAGGACUGUGCAGAUAACGGGAUCACGGUCAAGUGGAGGACAGCAGCAUUCUGUCCACUAAAGUGUACAGACAAAAAUUCUGAGUACCGAGCUAGUGGUCCGGGAUGUCCGGCCACGUGUUUGGACCCUAAAGCUGAGGACACGUGUACACUGGAGCCACAAGAAGGCUGCUUCUGUAAAGCUGGGUAUCUGAUGAGUGACGGAGCCUGUGUUCCACAGAAAAUGUGUGGAUGUAAAACAAAGUCUGGUGACUACUACCCGGUUGGAGCCAAGUUACAGAGUUCUAACUGUGGAUCUAGUUAUAUAUGUAGAAAUUCUCGAGGGAAGGCAUCUUUUAAACGAGUAUCCACAAGACUGAGGUGUCAUAAAAACGCCAGGUGUGGUCUGAAUAAAGAAGGCGAGAGGACGUGUGUUUGUAAGAAAGGAUUUACCGGGGACGGAUUCCGGUCCUGCAGACCAAAAUUGAGGAUUUCAAGUUGCGGAGGAAAGCAAUGCACACGGAAUGCAUCCUGUCGUAAAGGAAAAUGCAGGUGCAAUCGAGGUUACCAUGGGGACGGUUAUGAGAGUUGUACAAAGUCGUGUUUCUGCAUGGCGUCCGGUGAUCCCCACUAUAAAACAUACGACGGGGAAAUGAUUCACUUCAUGGGAACGUGCAAGUAUACUCUGACGAAAUCUCUGACGUCAAAUGAUAAGUGCAGCUUCCAGGUCACCGUGAAAAAUGAACACAGAAACAAGAAUACACGAGUAUCAUUCACUCGGAGAGUGGACUUGGACAUCUUAGGAAAGAGAAUUAGUUUACGUCUAAAGGGUGUUGCUGUGAUUGACGGAGAGAAGAAAUUCUUACCCGUCAGUGAACUCGGCGGUAAGCUGAAGGUGUUCAGGAGCGGACGUUUUGUCCAGGUUUGGACUUCGUGUGGAGUUAAGGUUAACUUUGACGGUGUACAUGCCGUGUCGGUAACGGUACCCGGUAAAUACCGGGGGAAGCUGACCGGUCUGUGUGGUGAUUGUAACGGUAAACGUGACGACAUGAGAACCAGUACAGGACGUGACGUCAGGAGAGAGAAAUCGAGGUACUCUCUCAUCGGAAACAGCUAUGAAGUGGAUGACGACACAAAUAUUGGAGAAGAGAAAUGCAAGACUGAACAAGACACGCCAUAUGCGUUUACAUGUGAUGCAAAAAUGAGUAACCUGUUGGCCACAGACAAGUAUUGUGGUUGGAUCCAAAACAAAAAGGGACCAUUCGCUGAAUGUAUCGCCAAGUUUCCAGAAAUGUCCAAGGAGUACUUUGAGUCGUGUCGAAUUGACGUGUGUUCAUUGGAGGGAACUAAUCUAGAGGUCGCCAAAUGUGAAGCGGUGGAGGCGUUUGCGGAGGACUGCGCAGAUAACGGGAUCACGGUCAAAUGGAGGACAACAGCAUUUUGUCCCCUAAAAUGUGAGGACAAGAAUGCGGAAUACAGGAGCAGUGGCCCUGGCUGUCCUGCUACUUGUCUGGAUCCAAAGGCUGAGGACUCGUGCACCGUAGAAUCCACUGAAGGGUGCUUCUGUCGGGCGGGAUUCGUGCUCAGUGAUGGAGUUUGCGUAAAACAGGACCAAUGCGGGUGCAGGAAUGACAAAGGAGAUUACUUUCCGAUUGGAACCAAAAUUCGUGCCACAAACUGUGCAGAAGUCUUGGAGUGUAAGAAGGUUCGCGGUAAAGCUGUUUUGGUGAAAACCUCCUCUGGUGUCAGAUGUCACAAAAGAGCUGAGUGUCGUCUGGAUGAAAAUGGUGAAAGAAGCUGCGAGUGUAAGAAAGGCUUCUUCGGGGAUGGUUUCAAAAACUGCCAGCCUUUAUGUGGUGGUAAAUAUCGGUGUCACAAGAAAGCCACCUGUAAGAAAGGAAGGUGUCAGUGUAGGCGGGGAUUGUUCGGUGAUGGAGAGAACAGCUGUGAAAAGAUGUGUACCUGUAGUGCUAGCGGGGACCCUCAUUACAGAACAUAUGACGGUCAGAUGAUUCACUUUAUGGGCGUCUGUAAAUAUACGAUGACCAGAUCUCUGAAAAAGAAUGACCCGUGUGCUUUCAGUGUAGACGUUAAAAACGAACACAGAGGACGGAACAGGCGUGUGGCAUAUACCAGAAGUGUUUUUGUCAAAAUAUACGGCAAAAUCAUACGAUUGGCCCCAAAUCAUAAAGUUUACAUAAAUGGAGAAAAGAAGUUCCUCCCUGUCUCAGAGAACAACGGAGACCUAAAGAUCAUGAUGAGUGGGAGGUUUGUCCAACUGGUCACAAAAUGUAACGUCAUGGUAAAUUGGGAUGGGAAAUCGGUAGUACAAAUUGGCGUCCCAAGGUCCUACGGCAAAAAGAUGGAGGGAAUAUGUGGAAACUGUGAUGGAAAGAAAAACGAUUAUCGCACCAAAGACGGUGCAGAUGUUUCUUGGAAGAGCAACAAAUACGUUCUGAUUGGUAAAAGUUAUGAAGUAUAUGACAACACGGAGAAAACAUCCGCUGUAUGUAAAACUCUAGAAGAUGAUGUGCAAUGCUCAAAAGAAAUGUUGGAAGUAGCAACUGACAAGAGUCACUGUGGAAUGCUUAAUCCAAAGACAAGGAGAAGCUCUCCGUUCAAUAUAUGCCUGGCUUACAAACCUACACUGGCCUCUCAGAUGUACGAAUCCUGUAUCUACGACGUCUGCUCGUACUUUGAUGACGUCACCAAAAGACAGGAGGCUUCUUGUCGGGCAGCUGAGGGACUGGAGGCCGUUUGUGAAACUAGUGGUUUCUUGGUGCAAUGGAGAUCAUCUUCUUUCUGUCCAAUUAAAUGUGGAGCCAAUCAGCGAUACAGUGCUUCUAUCAGCGGCUGUCCUGCUACAUGUACAUCACCAAAUGCACCAAGUAAAUGUGCCCUCCCCAAUACGGAGGGAUGCGAGUGUCUACCAGGGUUUGUCUUGAGUGGAACAAACUGUGUUCGAGAGAAUGAAUGUGGAUGUCAGGCUGCUAACGGGGAUUAUAUCCCGUUAAACGCCGUCAUUGUAUCAUAUGACUGUACUACGACAAAGAAGUGCGUCAGAAGGGAUGGAGAGGCAGUUUUGCAGGUUCUUGGAACCAGUGAGCGCUGUCAUUCUGACGGUUUGUGUGGAUUGAAGGACGGUGUUCGUCAGUGUGUCUGCAAGGAGGGUUACCUGGGAGAUGGAGUCAAUGAGUGUAAAAAAUUGUGUGGUGGAAAACAUCUUUGUCACAAGAAUGCCAGAUGUGAUAAUGGAAUAUGUCAAUGUAACCAAGGAUUAUUUGGAGAUGGAGUCUCUUCUUGUCAAGAGUCUUGCACCUGCAUGGCGUCUGGCGAUCCCCACUACCGGACCUUUGACGGACAAAUGAUCCACUUUAUGGGUGAAUGUAAGUACACUCUGUCCAAAUUUAAUUCCAAGGACAAGUGUUCCUUCAACAUAGAGGUUAAAAAUGUUAGACGUCAACAGAAUGCCAAGGUGUCCUUCACACGAUUGGUUGACGUUAAAGUGCCCGGAUAUAAUAUACGUUUGCUCCAGAAGAACCAAUUAACGAUUAAUGGCAUAAAAAUGUUUGCACCAUGGACAUCCAAUAACGGCUUUAAUAAAGUGACGACGAAGGGGCGUUUCCUGACAGUCUCCACAACGUGUGGAGUUGUCGUUAGUUUUGAUGGCGUACAUUCGGUUUCUUUAUCUGUACCAAAACAAUAUGGUGACCGUGUAACGGGUAUCUGUGGUAACUGUAACAACAAGAAGGACGACCUGAGGACAAAGACGGGUGAUGACGUAUCAAGGAGACCCAACAAGUACUCACUUAUUGGAGAAAGUUACCAAGUGUUCGACGACCUCGCAAAGUCUGGAGAAAAAUGUUCCACCACCGACUCUGAUUUCAAGUGUUCACCUCUUAUGACCAAGCGAGCAGCAUCAAAUGAGUUCUGUGGCGUUUUGUUGGAUAAAUUGGGACCAUUCGCAAGAUGCAUCAAAGCGGAUGAGAACUUGGCCAGGGAACUGUACCAGUCUUGUACUGACGAUGUUUGUUCUUAUGAAGACAAACCUGACUUUGCCAUGAAGACAGCCUGUAUGGCAGCAGAAUCACUUGCAGAAAUGUGUCUUAUUAAGGGAUUCGGAAAAGUGGUGUGGAGAAAGACCGACUAUUGUCCUCUGACAUGCUCUGACAAUGCUGUAUAUAACCCAGCCAUUGUUGGAUGUCCGCGCACCUGUACAGAUCCUAAAGGGGAGUCUAAAUGUGAUGUCGUUCCACAGGAAGGGUGCGAGUGUAAGGAGGGAUACGUUCUCAGUGGAGAGAAGUGUGUUCUGGAGGACGAGUGUGGAUGCUUCUUCAAAGAUCAAUAUUAUCCUCUGAAUUCGCAUGGACCUUUAACAAAUUGUGAAAUCAUCCAGACGUGCGUAAGAAAAGGGGGCAUCAAUAAGAUGGUGCUGACCACUCGUCACAUGACCUGCAAUAAGAACGCCCGGUGUAGAAACGUUCUGGGUGACUUUGUGUGUAGGUGUAAUCGUGGUUUUGAUGGAGACGGCGUGAAGGAAUGUACAAGAACUGAUGAACCUAUAGACUUCCCAUUAAUCCCCGAGGACCCGACAGAUACACCUGGUGAAAGAUGCAGAACACAAAUAACUUACAGCACUUGUGGAUCAACCAUUAAACUUAGCGGAGACUGCGAAUAUGAAUCUGACAUAUUGGCACAGUGCCAAUACACGAUUGAAACGGCAUCUUCUAAAGGUCAGUUACAAGCAGUACUCGCCACGAAAGGCAGACGAUCCCUUGUGUCACGUGGUAAAACGGUAGAAGAGUGCGUAAAGGUUACAAAUGACGGAAGUUUCGUCACCAUAUAUGAUGACGUAUGUCAGAGAUGUACAACAGACUACCUCAGGAACCUCAUUCCAAAUCAAACAUGCAAAGCACCCUGAAUUUCUUAUUCUCUCACAUCAAACAAUGGUGUAUCAUAAAUGUAUAUGAACAAGAUAAUAAACAUAGACACUGCAAUAUUUCUGUUUGGGUUUU